GCGCCCUACCGGCCGAGGCUGGCUUGGCGUUUGUUUAGCGUGGACGCGCGUGAGCGGCGAUCGCUGCAGUAAGCGCGAAGAAGCGAGGCGGGUGCCGCGUGCACCUCCCAACUCCACACUCUUCUCCAGUCCGGGGUCGUAACUGCUGCGCAACUGGGGUGGAGGAGAUUGUCGACCACCAGAAGACCGCCAUGGCCGGAUAGAGGAAAGCUCCCCCCCUCUAACCCAACACCACCUCCUACACUCCCCUUUCCGUGGCUUGGGAAAUUUCUGUUUCUCUUGUGCUUUGAAAAGCAAAGGAGGAAACUGAAGAGUUUGAGGGGCAAAUUGAUAUUCCCGGACGCAGCGGAGGAGCCGGCGAGACACCCGGAGCGUGGCAUCGGCUACGGCAGCGGCGCCAGUUUUUCAUGUUUCUGCCCAGUUGCUCCUGCAUAUCACCCGGCGAAUUUGCUCCCCGCUGAUCCCAGCUGCGCAAGACCGCGAGGCUCGGGAGAGCGGACCCUUCAACCGGAGAUUUUCGGCUUGUUUCAUCGUUUCUCACUGGAUUCGCCGGCGUUAUUAUUAUUAUUAUUAUUUUAUUUACUAUUAUUAUUAUUGUUCCAGCCAGGAGACAAUGUGCUUUUUAAACAUUUGACGACUGGAAAGGCUACGGAGGAGUUUGCGGCACUUCGCAAAUUCUAAACGCGCCCUCAUCGUGGCUGUCGCUGAUUUCGUCGGCGCUGUCCACUUUGGACGAAAGGAUUAAAGAUCAUCAUUGGAUUUGGGAGAAAGAGGGAGGAAAAAGAGGGGAAAAAUGGCCAAUGACUCCUUCCAAAGUGAACCGGGCAGCCUGUCUGUCCUGGAGCAGUUGGGUUUGGACCAAAGCUCCGACUUCUCUGACACGUGCGUCCAGCAGCGGCUCGAUGAGGAGAAGGACAAGAUUCGGCGCGAGAUCCGGAAGGAGCUCAAGAUUAAAGAAGGAGCGGAGAACCUCCGACGAGCCACCACAGACAGGCGGAACUUACAGAAUGUGGACAACAUGCUGAAGAACUCGAACCGCCGGCUCGAUGAGCUGCACGCUCAGCUCCAGGACCUCGACGCACACAUUGUGGUCAAGGAUCCAGAGGAGCUUACAGACACCCCUCAGUCUCCGGGCACCACAAGCCGCUCGACGGCCAACAAGAACCGCAUUGCGGCGUUGGACAAACAGCUGAACAUCGAGCUGAAAGUGAAACAGGGAGCCGAGAACAUGAUCCAGAUGUACUCCAAUGGCACCACCAAGGACCGUAAGCUGCUGCAGACCGCCCAGCAGAUGCUUCAGGACAGCAAGACCAAAAUCGACAUCAUACGCAUGCAGAUCCGCAAGGCGGUUCAGGCAGAUGAGGUGCAGCUGGACAUCGAAGAAGGACACGGGAAACCAGACCUCAGCAUUUUGGAGCUGCGCAUUGAGGAGCUACGGCACCACUACAGGGUGGAGCACGCCGUGUCCGAGGGCGCCAAGAAUGUCCUGCGGUUACUGGGGUCCAGCAAGACUACGGACAAGAAAGCCAUCCUGGAGGCCCAAACUAAGCUGAGCGAGUCAAGUCAGAGGCUGGACCUUCUCAAACACUCCCUGGAGCAGAGGCUCAACGACCUGCCGGAGGACCACCCCAAAGGCUGCUUGAUCAAAGAGGAGCUGGUGCUGGCCACCUCCCCGGCCUUCAGCUCUCGCCACAGCGCCCCCUAUUUGCACAACCAGUACAACACUCUCAGCAAGCCCUCGCCUCUGACAGGCACCUUGCAGGUCCGCCUGUUGGGCUGCAGUGAUUUGCUCGAGGUGGUGCCCGGGAGAUCGCGAGGCUCUGGCGUCAGCCUUCCGAGUUACAGCCCUGGGGACAGCCGUACAUCCUUCAUGGGCCGGCCGGGCAAGGGCCUGUACAGCCGGAGUGGCAGCGUCAGUGGGAGAAACCCGCUUAAGAUGGAUGAGCUGAGCAGUGAGGUGAGUGCCGUCUUGAAGCUGGAGAACACUGUGGUUGGACAAACGGCCUGGAAGUCUGUCGGACCGCAGGUUUGGGACCAGACGUUUACCGUGGAGCUCGAGAGGUCACGUGAGCUGGAGAUUUCAAUUUACUGGAAGGAUUACCGCUCGCUGUGCGCCUUAAAGUACCUAAAGCUGGAGGACUUCUUGGACAACCAGAGGCAUGAAAUCCACCUGGACCUGGAGCCGCAGGGGGUGCUGCUGGCAGAGGUGACAUUCUUCAACCCCGUUAUUGAGAGGAUACCAAAGCUUCAGAGGCAAAAGAAGAUUUUCUCCAAACAGCAAGGGAAGGCUUUUCUUCGAGCCCGGCAGAUGAACAUCGACAUCGCUACCUGGGUGCGAUUAUUACGGCGGGCCAUUCCCACCAGCAGCUCCACCGGCACCUACAGCCCCUCGGCUCAGAUAUACGGAACAAGUAGUGAUGGAAUCCGGCAAGUUUCGUCUCUCAGCUCUGGCGACAUUUCCGUGGAGAAACUGAACCUCGACGCCGACUCUGCAUCACCCAAGAAGAGAUCGGAAUCGGGAAGUUCCCGUGGAGAAGACACGCCAGAGCAGUCCCCGACGAGUGAGAAAACGACUGUGACUGAACCUACGUCACCAGCGCAGCCCACCCGGAGUCGGACUUCUAAGGCCUCCUCUGAGGGUCCUAGGCAGAAGAAGACCCCCCUGACCCUUCAGGACUUCAGGUUUAUCGCAGUGCUGGGACGAGGACACUUUGGCAAAGUCUUGUUGUCAGAAUACCGAAAAAAUGGAGAAUUGUACGCCAUUAAAGCUCUGAAGAAAGGUGACAUUGUGGCUCGGGAUGAAGUUGAAAGCCUCAUGUGUGAGAAGCGCAUCUUCGAGACUGUGAACAGCUCCAAGCACCCCUUCCUGGUAAACUUGUUUGCCUGCUUCCAGACCCCUGAGCACGUCUGCUUUGUGAUGGAGUACACGGCAGGAGGAGACCUCAUGAUGCACAUCCACGCCGAUGUGUUCACUGAGCCCCGCGCUAUGUUCUACUCGGCUUGCGUUGUCCUCGGAUUGCAGUUUCUUCACGACCACAAGAUUGUGUACAGAGACCUCAAGCUGGACAACCUGCUGCUGGACACUGAAGGAUACGUCAAGAUAGCGGAUUUUGGCCUCUGUAAAGAAGGAAUGGGUUAUGGAGAUCGGACAAGCACUUUCUGCGGUACCCCUGAAUUUCUGGCCCCUGAAGUGUUGACAGACACCUCCUACACCCGUGCCGUGGACUGGUGGGGUUUAGGGGUCCUCAUUUACGAGAUGCUCGUGGGAGAGUCUCCAUUUCCAGGAGAUGACGAGGAGGAAGUGUUUGACAGCAUUGUCAACGAUGAAGUGCGAUAUCCACGCUUUCUGUCCACGGAAGCCAUUGGGAUCAUGCGAAGGCUGCUGAGAAGAAACCCUGAACGGCGUCUUGGCUCCACGGAACGAGAUGCAGAAGACGUUAAGAAGCAGUCUUUCUUUAGGAACAUCGACUGGGAGGGACUGCUGAGUAAGAAGAUGAAGCCCCCGUUUAUCCCGGCCAUCAAGUCUCGCGAUGACGUCAGCAAUUUCGAUGAGGAGUUCACCUCGGAGAUGCCUCUCCUGACUCCCCCGCGAGAACCUCGCACACUCACCAAAAAGGAGCAGAACAGUUUCAAGGACUUCGACUAUGUGUCCGACCUGUGUUAGCACUUGUGGGCUCUCGGGGGGUUCGCCACCGUUGGGAUUUGUCAUCCCAGUAGAAACAUUCAGCCUGCCGCCCCGAAAGCCCGGACUGCAUGGAGGAGA